CACCGUUAUAGGUACACGCUUCUAAACAAACUGGGUUCUAUAUAUAUCCACAGAAAAGCUGCUACUACCAUAACCAUACAUAAUCAUCAAUAUAGAAAACAAUGGAGUUUCAUAUGUUGGGGGCCAACGACCUGUCCAUUGAAUGGCAAGAUGACACUCGAUACUGGGAAUGGGGACAUAUACCGGAAUCAAGGUUCCCGGAGGUGUGCACACUUAGAGAAGUUUGGUGGCUUGAGAUCCACGGAAAAGUAGCAGCUGUGAAUCUGUCACAAAACAAUACAUAUGUCGCCUAUCUUGUCUUUCGAACUACUGAGAAUUGCUCUGGACUUGAUGCGCCAGCAAAAUCAAGUGUAAGUUUUCGUGGGGUAAAAAGGGAGACUGAAAAUGUUUAUCUUCAAACACCAGGGCGUGUGCGGCAGGACUAUGUGAUUCCUCUUAGGAGAAACGAUGGGUGGAUGGAGAUUAAGUUGGGAGAAUUCGAGUACAAGGAAGGAGAUGAUGGUGAAGUUGAGAUGGUGUUUAAGGAGGUUACGCUGAACAAGCGGAAGAGUGGUCUGAUCGUGGAGGGAAUCGAGAUUCGGCCUAAAUAACCAUUCUUCAAUCUUCAUUUAUAUAUUAUAUUUAUUCAAAUUAUACAAUUAAUAUACUACGUACUUUGUUAUUUAAUAAUAAAAUGUAUAACUUCGUAAUAAAACUAUUUAAUAUAUGAUUUCUUAUUUUAGAUACUAUAAGUUAC